GCUUCACACUCUUCUAUUCCUGCACUCACACCCAAACGAUGUCUCCUGCCGCUGGCAUCUCCGAUAACAUGGAUGACCCGAAGCCCGUACUCCAUGGACGGCUCCAGGGUAAAGUUGCCCUGGUCACAGGUGCCUCGUCGGGGUUUGGCCGCGCGAUCGCCUUCCGAUACUCCAAGGAGGGAGCAAUUGUUGCCUGCGCGGAUAUCAGGCCCGACUGCGACGCAGCAGGGGCAAGAUCAGACGAUAAAAGCUACGGAACGGAUCAAUAUAUUGAGCAUCGUGGUGGCGUGGCCGCCUUUUUCGAAGUGAAUGUUUCUAUACCAGAGCAGAUGAAACAGCUUAUCUCGGCUGUGGUUGAGAAAUACGGUCGCCUCGAUAUCAUGGUGAAUAACGCGGGUAUUUGUCCAGAAUCUCUCCCGCAGCAUCUGGGGAAAACGAUCGACGAAAAGGACGAAGAUGUGUUCCAUCGCACCAUGAUGGUGAAUUGCUGGGGGGCCUUUCUGGGCUGCAAGUAUGCCGUGCGCCAGUUUCUGCAACAAGGCUGCUGGCCGUCCGGGGAUCGGGGAUGGAUUGUGAACAUUGGCUCAACUUCGUCCCUAGUCGCUGUUGGGCCGGGUCUAGCGGCAUAUAACACGAGCAAAGGAGCUGUUUUUCAGCUCACGCGCUCUGUUGCGGUGGAAAUGGCACCGCAAAAGAUCCAUUGUAAUGUCUUAUGUCCUGGAGAUGCGGUGACCGCAUGCUUUAAGCCACAUGGGGAGAGCGAGAGCGCAGUGGCCGAGUCCACGGCAUUGUAUCCCUGGGGCAGGUUCGGCACUCUAAGGGAGAUUGCAGGAGCGGCCUUGUUUCUGGUAUCUGAAGACGCAGGCUACGUUACCGGUGCCGCUCUCUCAGUUGAUGGUGGAUAUACAGCCCAGUAGAUGGGCAGGCCAAGCUGCCCGAGUACUUCAAUGUAGAUUCUGCGCGUCGAGCCGUAGCGUCGUGCUGGUAGUUUAAGUAUACGAGCUUUCCUUUAGAUACAUUUUACAUUCACUUUCAAUGGUGAGGUUCGCCGCAUGUUUGCUCUACCGAAAUAACCAGCAAUUUCCCGAAUUCGAAGACAUAGAAAUCAUAUAUGCGGCAGGGUGUGUCUCCUGGAGAAUCUUGGCAAUAUUCAUGCAGAAAUGGUAGUUAGAAAGCGAUCGAUCCUUUACCCCCUGGUCCUCCUUUUUGUCAUCCAAGCCCGUUACAAUAAUUGCCGUGACAAGUGAGACUGCAGGAACGCAUAUGCUGGGGAAAGCAGCCUGUGGACGGGAAGCACAGAGCAAUUGCAGAACCGAGAUAAUGUCGUACGUCGCACUGCGCAGCUUUUCUUUCCAGAGGAGCGAGGUAAAUGGCGGACAGGAAGAUAGUAAUGCAUGAGACAGGAUGCAC